GUUUAUUUGGGGUCGUUCUCUUUUGUACAAGUGUUCUGUGUAAGUUUAAAGUAGUGUUGUAUACAAGUUGAGGCUGUGUCGUUGUAUUCAGUUCUGUAAUUAAAUAACAAUAAUUAUGAUGUUCGAGUAGUCUCCGAGUGCCAUUGACCGUAAAUCAAAACUUCAGUGUGUUAAUGAAAUUUUCGUAUUAGAUUUAGCUGUAAUUUGUGAAAGAUGACCAUGUUGGUAGUAGUGGCGUUUGUCUGCGCGUUUGUCACCGCAGCUCACCCUCUACGGGUGGGAACCGGGAUCGCUGAUAUAACGGGGCCGCCCGCUGAAAUACGCUUCAUGGGGUAUGCUAACUUCGAGCAGAUUGGUAAUGGGAUACACCUGAGGCAGUUCUCACGAGCCUUCGUCUUUGACGAGGGUCCCAAUAGCAGCACCAGAUUUGUGUUUGUCUCUGUCGACGCCUGUAUGAUGGCAGACGGUCUCCGGAAAGAGGUUAUAAAACGUCUUCAGAAGCGGUACGGAGACAUUUACAAUGAGAACAACGUCAUCAUCAGCGGGACCCACACCCACUCCACGCCGGGCGGGUUCCUCAUGUACUUCCUCUUCGAGCUGCCCAUCCUGGGUUUCGUCAAAGAGACAUACACUGCUUAUAUUGCUGGGAUAUUGAAGAGUAUCAUAAUAGCGCACAAUAACCUGACACCAGCCAGGAUGGAGUUCGGUGAGGGGGAACUUCUGAAUGCCAACAUAAACAGAUCUCCGUCAUCAUACCUGCGGAACCCGCCCGAGGAACGAGCUAGAUACAAAUACGAUGUCGAUAAAACCCUCACACAGGUGAGGUUCCUGUCUCCAUCCAAUGACAUCCUGGGCGUGAUUAACUGGUUCCCGGUACAUCCCACCAGCAUGAACAACACCAAUAAAUUGAUCUCGUCAGACAAUGUUGGGUAUGCUUCUAUACUGAUGGAGAAGGCUCUUAAUGGAAAUAACACCUUACCAGGAAAGGGUCGUAUAGUGUGUGCUUUCGCUUCGACAAAUCUCGGCGAUGUGUCCCCAAACAUCCGCGGCCCUCGCUGCGAGUUCUCCGGGAAGGUGUGCAACCAGGAGGACCUCCUGUGUACCAAACCCAAGGAGAGAUGCUUCGCUUCUGGACCGGGUAGAGACAUGUUUGAGAGCACCAAGAUUAUAGCUACGAGGCUGUUUGAGACUGCUAUGAAAGUCCUGCAGCAGCCUGGUGAAGAUCUGACGGGUCCUGUGGGCAUCGUGCACCAGUACGUUCACAUGCCCUCGCAGAGCGCACCGUCCUACGACCCCGUGGAAGACACCUUCAUACUGAACAGCACGGUGUCAGGGUGUCUCCCCGCCAUGGGCUACAGCUUCGCGGCGGGUACCACGGACGGGCCGGGCGCCUUCGACUUCAAGCAGGGAACCACCACCGCCAACCCGCUGUGGAACGCCAUCCGGGACUUCCUGGCCGAGCCCACUGCCGAGGAUGUGCAGUGCCAGGCGCCCAAACCCAUCCUGCUAGCAACCGGCAGGAUAAAAUUCCCGUACCCGUGGCAACCCCAGAUAGUUUCGCUGACGAUAGGCCGUAUCGGCGGGCUGUAUAUCGCAGCCGUACCGGGUGAGUUCACCUCCAUGUCGGGGCGACGUCUCAAGCGCGUAUUGUCCGCUGCGGGAGCACCCCGGGUCGUCAUCGCAGGCCUGUCCAACACCUACUCAGAUUACAUCACAACGUACGAGGAGUAUCAGGAGCAACGGUACGAGGCGGCGUCCACGAUCUUCGGGCCUCACACCCUCGAAAUAUACCUGCACAAGUACGCCAUGUUAGCUGAGGCACUCGCUGCGGGUACAGAGGUGGAGAGAGGUCCAGAACCGCCCGACUUCAGCGAUCAGCUGAUUACACUGGUCCCGCCCGUGCUGUGGGACGCGGCGCCCUGGAAGCAGGAGUUCGGAGACUGUGUGAAACAGCCGCAACAGGAGUACAGCUACGGGGAUGUUGUGUCCGUCACUUUUGUAUCUGGCAACCCCCGCAGCAGCCCUCGACACGGGCGCUGGUACGCCACGGUGGAGAAGAGAGAAGAUGAAGAGGCCUGGGUCGUGGUCGCUACGGACGCUGACUGGGAGACUAAGUUCAUGUGGUUCAGGAACUCCCAGAUUCUGGGAACUAGUCACGUGGUGAUCGAAUGGGAGAUUCCCCAGGGAACACCCUCCGGGACCUACCGCAUCCACCACUACGGGAACUACAAGUACAUCCUGGGCGGGAUAUACCCCUACCACGGGUUUAGCGAUAGCUUCGAAGUGCGAUAAGGGCUGGCCCCUAGUUCCUUAUUUUUGGCAUAGUAUUGCUAAAUAAAUCUUAUAUUGUAUAGGUAUUCUUACUGAUAUUAAUUUGUUUGUUAACGCUUUUACACCCUAACUACUUAACAAAUCAACAACAAUUUUGGACACACGUCAGGCUUGUAUAGAUUGGUAUAUAUAGGCUACAUUUUAUCUUAGAUUAUUUUGGAGUUCCCAAGGUAGCUAGCGAUAUUGUAUUCCGUGGAUUUUAUAAUUAUGUCCAGAGUGAUAAAGUUUCUAUACGAUGAUCCAGGCUGAAGUAUAUAUGUCAUCGACUCCUUUUAUCAGACCGCGAUGUGGGGCUCAAUAGACAUAGGUCCAGCCUAAGUUGAACCCUAUAUUGUAAUAUGUUCGAAUAUAUCGGUUCGAGCUUGACUUACAUUGAAGAUUUAAAUUUACCGACAUCAUAUUAGUCUACUAAUUUUUUCAUUUUAUUUUUUAGCAGAAUUAUUACAAAAAGAACCUACAGUGUCUGUUGUCUGAAUGAUAUAAAUUUUUGUAAAGAUUUAACUGGAGAUAGGCCCGUUAUCAGAGUAACAUACAUUCGUGCCAGAAAUAUUUUUUUAUCAUUAUCUUAUGAAGAAGGGUUAGUGCAUUAUUCGUUCUCUUAAUCGACCAGGUUAGUCUUGUUUAGUUUUAAAUUUGUCUCUAUUUAUGAAUCUAUAUGUAUCUUUAUUUAUGUAUACAUACGUGUGUUUCUAGAUUAACCCCCUUAUUCAUAAUGGUCCGCUAACUUAAAACAGCCGCUAAGUAGUGUUUUUUCUCAUUCCGACUUAGGUCAAAAGAAAAAGACAGAGUGAUAAUUAGCAAUGCUUUAAGUUAGCCUAUUUAUUUAGUUAGACUAUUAUGAAUAAGGGGGUUACAAUAUAUGUGAUGUAUUUUAAAAUAUUUGUAUAGCUUUAAUAUUGUAUACCUGCAGUGUUGAUAGUUUUAUAUUCGUUUUUGAGAUAGUUUUGUGGUAAUAAAUUAAGUUCAGUUGAACAUUAAGGUAAGUCGUUUUGUCUAAACUCGAAGCAGGGCUCACAUGUUAGCAGGUGGUUACUUUAUCUCACAACAUCAAUAUUGUCAAAUAUCCCCCUGCAGACAAUUACGUAAUAGUUGUUCUCAUAAUUUCGUUAGACCUAGUCAAUACUUGUAAUGGAUUCUGAAAUAUUUAUUUUGAUUCCACAAAUAUUUAUAAAAAUUGAUAUUAUUAUUUAUUAACAAUAGUUGGUAUCGCGAUAAAACUAAACAUGAAUUUAAGAGGUAAUUUUAGAUAGGUACCAACAAAACGUGAAAAACUUCCGCUACUCAUUUUGGAAUGUGUUACAAGUUAAAUUAAUAAGUAGAUUUGUGUUUAAUUAUACAUCAACUAUCGUUGCAAGACAACGUCAACUAUGCUUUUCGACAUAUUUUCGACAUUAUUACAUAUUUCGACAUAUUUUCGACAUUAUUAGACCACUAUUAGAUACAUAUUCAUACUGCCUCUGAGAGUGCUGUUUUACUCGUCAGUGGCGCAAUAGGUAGAACUGUUGACUCCCUCCUCGUUGUCCCGGUUCGGUUAUCACUCGCCACGUACCAAGUGUUUUCUAUUUUCUGAAUCUCUCGUCUCCUCUGUUGUGACUCCUCUGGUGUUAUAAGGGAGAUCACAUACCAGGUGACCCGAAAGAAUGCUCGUUUGUUGUUGCUGUUCCAUAAAAAAGAUAAAAUUUAUUUACAAAUCUGUACUUGCAUUAAAUUUAAUAAAAUAAUUGACACAAAAAGGUUUAAAAAAAACAUUUCAAUCUCCAAAUUUUACAUCAUUGCCAGCAAACAAAAUAUUUAUUUAUAUUUAUAUUAACAUUACAAUAAACGUGUCAUUUUAUUACACGAUGUAGCAGUCAAAACAAUUAAUAGUUAGAUUAGAUAGAUUCUCAAGUUAUUGCGUUGUUCUUCAAAUGUUGUUUCAAGUGGUUUCAAAGUGCCUUAACAUUCCCAUUUUACAAUGAUAACUAUCAACACUAAAAUUGCAUGCGUGAAGUGUUAUCAUACAGAAAAGUAUAAAAAGUGAUGCUUCCACCCGAGCUAACUACUCUGCUUUACAUCUCGAUUGUCAGGUAAGUAGAAAAAAACUGGCAUUACAAUAAUAAAAUAUUGUUAAUUGCUGCUUCAGCUUCCGUUUUCAUUGAAUCAGGAGUGCAGCAUAUAUCUUCAUCACUUGCAGAACACAUGUUUUUUUCCUAAUUAGCACGUAAUUAUAAAAAAAUCCCAAAAACAAACAAUAUUUCAAGUAAAAGUUCUCUAUUCCCGCCUUUUUUUAAUUAUUUUUUCAAGAACGAAAUUGAGUUUCGACGUUCGAUAUUUAAAAUUGAUGACUAUUAUACUCAUACGAAGACAAGGCUAAAUAGCGAAGCGACCUCUUUUGUCAUUGGGCUGAAUGCAUGAUGUGUAUUGCCAGUAUGAUGUACGCGAACUUUUUAAAAGAGUGAAGAGUUUUUUUUUAAUUACUUACCCCCAAAGGGCUUUUCUAGCUACAUUAUUAUCAUAGAGCGCUAAUUGGUCACCUACAAGCCCCAUUUGGGGGUAAUAAGGACCUACUUACCGAAUAUGAGAGAUGUAAAGGUUAUUUAUUAUAUCUAGUCUGCCUCUAUAAAGGAUGUCUGGCGGCAAAAAUUACAAAAAAAAAACAAUAAAAACAAACAUUUGAAAUAGAAUUUAAUUUGCUUGUUUUUAUUUAUUAAAUAACUGCGGUAGUAGAUAUGGAAUAUUAUAUUUGUGAUACUAAUAUACGUACCAAAGUCUUUUACUAGUUAUAAUUUAGCGUUAGGUGUAUCGUAUCUUUACUGUAUUGACAUUUCGGUCCAUUUUGUUAAUCAAAUUGAUUUCUUAUAAAAGAAGUGUUUAUAUUUAAGAGAAAUGUUCGUAAAUAUUGUUAUUUUUUUAAAUAUUAUAUUUAUUUUGGUUGUGUUUAAAUUCAGAAUAUUAUUAAAUUAUUUACUUUAACCUACCAGUGUAUUUGGUUGAUUUAUUUUGAAAUAAAGCGAAGUGCGAAGAA